GUAGGUCUUAAAGUCUGAAUUUGGACUCUUUCAGAGCACUAGAACAAUCUGCAUUUUUAUUAUUUGUGUUCAUAUUGGCUCCUCCACUGGACAGUCAGCCCUUUAGCAUGACUGCUGUCUUUCUGAUGUCCAUGCUUUUUGGCCUUGCAUGUGGGCAAGUGAUGUCUUUUUGUAUUCCAACUGAGUAUACAAUGCACAUCGAAAGGAGAGAGUGUGCUUAUUGCCUAACCAUCAACACCACCAUCUGUGCUGGAUAUUGUAUGACACGGGAUAUCAAUGGCAAACUGUUUCUUCCCAAAUAUGCUCUGUCCCAGGAUGUUUGCACAUAUAGAGAGUUCAUCUACAGGACUGUAGAAAUACCAGGAUGCCCACUCCAUGUUGCUCCCUAUUUUUCCUAUCCUGUUGCUUUAAGCUGUAAGUGUGGCAAGUGCAAUACUGACUAUAGUGACUGCAUACAUGAAGCCAUCAAGACAAACUACUGUACCAAACCUCAGAAGUCUUAUCUGGUAGGAUUUUCUGUCUAAUAGUGAUAUAAUUUGCAAUUUGGUUAAAUGUGCUUGCCUGAAAUAAAGCUAAUAAAAAUAUUAUGUUUCACAUUA